CCGAGAGCCAGUGGGUUCCCACUCAGGGCCUGGGGGGGCUGGGGGGAAUAAGGGUGCAAGCAGUGAAGUCAGUAAACGGAGACGCGCUGGGAGUUAACGGUGUCAUAAAGGCCGCGGGGGAGAAACUUAAUCCCAAAUGUCUGCAGGUUCGAGUCCCGUUAACCACACCGAGCUCGACAAAGCCUUAACCGCACAAAGUAGCAUGAGUUGAUAAACAAGUUGAGAAGAAAGAGCAAUUCAAUAAAGCAACAUUUUAAAUAGUAUGGAAGCGACUAAAAUGCAGCGAGAGAAGAAAUACACAGAGAAGUAAAACUUAAUGAGAUGGAGCGACGGGGAGUGGAAUGAAAUGCCUUAUUUUGCGACGCAUUCCCCAAUAACAGCCCCUCCGGAUCAGAAGCGCCGCAGCGCCAUCAAGCGGCCGCCUCGCGCGCGACGAACAGCGAAUCACGGCAGUGGAUUUAGACCCCGUUGCCACUGGCGACCGAGCAACGGACACUUGGACCAACUUGUAAACAAGAGCGAGUAAAAUAAAAAAAAACGGGCUCGAUAUGGCGACGCCACCGAGGACCGCGGAGCACUUGGCCGAUGCGGGGCUCCGCGCGGCGGAGCAUGUGGACGGCCCUUGGAGGUCACUGGCGGAACUUUGCAGUCUUUCUGCGGAGGGAGCAAAGGAGACGGGGAUGCUGAGAUCCAGGAUAGAUGAACAGUCCAGUCUAAUUGGCAUGUUGAAACAGAGAGCAGAUGAUGUGCUUCUCAGGAGUCAAGCUCUGCAAGCACUCAACGCGGAGCUGGAGGGCCGAGUGGAAGCACACCAGAAAGAACUGGACGGUGAAAGAAAGAAAGGAGAGCUGUUGAAGAAGAGGUUUAUGGAUUUAGCUGCCAACAAUCAAGCAAUUAUUGCAUUCAUGAAUGACCACAAGGAGCAGAACUCACAGUUAAAGACGGUAAACAAACAGCUGCAGUUGGAAAAUGAAACUCUUUUCUCCCAGAAAUUACAUGAUAAAGAACUGCUUGUUCAAAAACUGAAGCAAGAGAUCAAACAGCUGACAGAGAAACAGACAAAUAAGGAAAAUGAGUAUCGAGAAAAAUUAUCUGGAUGGCAGUCAAAACUCCUGGAAAAAACAACUCAGCAUCAAUCCAGAGACGCAUCGCUCCUCCAUCAACUGCAGGACGCUCAGGAAAAAGAAAGAGAUGCUGUAGAGAUGUGCAACGACCUUGAGAUGAAGCUACAAAAUGCUGAAGGAGAGCAGGCUUUGAAGGACAUCAACUUGAGAGAAAGCAUAACACGCCUCACCAAAGAGAGGGACAAAUUGCUCCAUCUGUCUAUGGAAAGAGGGGAAGUUAUACAGGAGAAACAAAAGGAAAUUCAGCAACUGGAGAAAAGAUGGAAAGAAGAGAAAAAAGCCCGUUCCAAAGCAGAAGACAGGUUUGAACAGGAAGCAGAAGCCGUCAAUGCAGAUGUUAGAGUGAAGUCGAUCCAGUCUGCUCUGGAUGAAUCCGCGUCAAAAUAUAGAAAGCUGGAAGAGGAUUUUCAAGCAUUCAAAGAUCACAGCACCAGCCUUCUUCUACAAGAAAGGGAGUUAAAUAAGAAGCUUCGCCACAUGAUGGACUGAACGUUACCAAUAUGAAAGAGUGUUUUUCUCACCAAUGUUUUCUCCUUUGUUUGCUCAUUUGUAACCAAAACAAAUGUUACAAUGUUAUAUUUAAUCUAAAUCAACUGUUCAAAUGUUUAUCCAAUAAAUCCCUCCAUACACCUCA